CCUUCUCUUUUUACCCCCUCUCGCCUUCACUCAAGUCAAACACCUUUUCUCUACUCCAGCAAAAUCACUCCUAAUCCCGCUUUCUUCUCUUCCUCAGAAAUGGCCGAGGAUCUUGAGCUCGCUGGAGACGAAGACGAGCUCCAAAUAUUAUCUAAUAACAUCAGCAAUCACAAAAUCUCCCUUGACAUUGAGCUUGAUUCCGCUAACCCAGUAACCAGGAAUCAGAAAUGGAGGCUGGUGCUUGUGCUGAUUUUGGGGCAGCUACUUUCUCUCUUUCUUGCAGUUGCUAGCUUCACUUCUUCUUAUAUAGCAGAUUUGGAUUUAAUUGCAAAAACCGACCUGAAACUAAUGGUUCCUUGGUAUUGGUAUAUCAUCUUGGCCAUCAUUGAUGUACAAGCAAACUAUCUAUUUGUGAAGGCAUAUCAAUACUCAUCCAUUACAAGUAUAACGCUACUCGACUGUUGGACUAUACCGUGGGUCAUAAUCCUCACCUGGUUCAUUUUAAAGACACAUUAUUCUCUAUGGCAAUUCUUUGGUGCAGCUAUUUGUGUCAUAGGCCUUGCGUUGGUGCUUCUUUCAGAUUCCAGGGCAUCUCAAGGAGGUGGAAGAAAUCCUCUUUCGGGUGAUACACUAGUAAUUAUGGGGACAUUUUGUUAUGCACUAAGCAAUGUUGGAGAGGAAUAUUGUGUCAAGAAAAAAGAUCGAGUUGAAGUGGUUGCCAUGCUUGGUAUCUUCGGUGUGCUAGUUACUGCGUGUGAGAUAUCUAUAUUUGAGAGGAAGGAUCUAGCAUCGGUCCAGUGGUCUACAACAAUUGUUGCCUUGUUUGCUGGCUUUGCAGCAGCAUCGUUUUUGUUCUAUGCACUGGUCCCUUUUCUUCUCAAGCUAAGCGGGUCAACUCUCUUCAAUCUCUCCCUUCUCACAUCAGACAUGUGGGCGGUUCUUAUUCGUCUUUAUUUUUAUAAACAACAGGUAAAUUGGUUGUAUUUUGUUGCAUUUGCGAUUGUUACAGCUGGAUUGAUCAUAUACUCAUUGAAUGAUACUACUGAUUCCAGCACCAGCAUUGCUGGCACUGCUGAGACAUGGGAUGAGGAAGCUAAACUACUAACUGAAGAGAACUCCUUGCACGAAGAAGUUGUAACUAGCUGAAAUGGGGGAUGCAUUGGGCAAAAUAAGUUUAUGCCGAAUGAUGCAAACAUAAAUUUUAUUGAAAUCUACAAGGAAUUGUAAAGAUCAACACUUGACACAAGAUCAAUGUCCGAAAGUUUAAAUGACCAAGCAAUAUCAUUCCUCUGAAACUUUCAGCCGGAGGAAAAACUUUUUGAGUUG